CCCCCCCCCCUCCCCUCCCUCCCCUAGGGGUGCCGUCAGCCCCCUGAGCGUGCCGCGUCCUCUCGCGCCGCUCCCGCUUUUUCUGGUCCCAGGAUGGGUUUCUUCCGCGAGUCGCCUGCCCAGCAAAUUGAGUCCUCCUCCAGCUGGUCACUGGAUUUGACCGAUGCCGACAUCUUCGGCGCCAGCCCGGAUGCCGGCGGGGAAACCGGCCCCCAAAGUGUCAACCUCUCCGACGAGCCUGCCUCCUCGACGACCGGCCCCGGGCGCCGGUCACGGGCCUCCCCCGGGGGCGAGCUCUUCCUCGGCAGCAUGCCGAUCGGUGAUCUGCGCGACCGGAUCCGCAGCACCGGUGUCCUGGAGGCCCUCCGGCAAAAGGGCUACUGGGAUUUGACCCUCGAAACCGACCUCAGUGAUCCGUUUGUCCACUCGUUCUUCAUCUUUGCCAACGCCUCGUCCGGUCGCCGGGGCCCUUGCGACGCUCCGGGCCCGAGCGCCAGCGCCGAUGCCAAGCCGCCGGGCACCACGACCGGCGGGGCUCCCGAGCGCCUGCUCCUGGUGCAAGUAUGCUUCCGCGACAUCAAGGACCCUGGGCAGCUGAAAUAUGCCCUUCAUGUGCAGCCAACUCCCAGCCAGCUUCUGGCGCGGCGCGGACUCAGUCGCAGUCCCAGCGCCGCGAGCGUUGUCGACAACAGCACCGCCGGCGGGCUGGCGGCCGAUGGCUCCAGCUCCGAGCCCCUCUCGACCAGCCAAACCCCCUCCCCCGUCGGCUCUCGAUCGGCGUCGCGGUCCGACUCUGGGGCCCUGUCUGUCGGGGCCAAUGGAAAUGGCCCGGCCGCCGCCUCCUCCUCUUCCCUCAGCCCGGGGCAGGAGUACUUCGCGUCCUUCAUCCUGCCCUUGGCUUCACAGCGCCUUCGUUUGCUUGGACUGGACUGGAUGUUGCUCCAAUCGCCCAAUGAGAGCUUCUCCCCGACGCGGCCGGCGCUCCCCGGCCAAACACACCCCGGGCUUGGGAUCCUCCGCCACAUGGGGGAUGUCAUUGGAUGGAUUGCCUCCGAGCGUCUCCGGUGCGAUGCGCUGGUCAAUGCGCCGGCCCACUUCCACAAUGCCUAUAUCUACUCGCGCUUUGGCUAUGCCUUCGCCGAUCCCGAGGUCCAGGCGGCCUUUAAUGCCGUUGCUCGGGAUUUGGACCGAGACCAGGAGGCCGCGGCGAUUGUGGCUCGGCAAACCGCCGGGCGGGAUGGCAACACGGCCACGGCCCCGAUGACGGGUACCCCCUCCGGGACUCCAUCCGAGUCUCCGAGCCCCCCUGCUCGACAGCACACCUACUCGGCGGUGGCUGCGUCUGGGCGUCGUGGGUCCGGUGUCCUGUCGAGCCGUGUGGGCUUGGCCCUGGUGGCGAAUGCCGUCCUGCAGGGCCGUCUACGCCUGCGGUUGCCACAGAUGCGCGACAUUUGCGGAUGUCCCGAUGGCUGCCCGGCCGCCAUCGGGCCUGAGCAAGAUCCCCCCGAAGACCCGGUGGUCAUCUGGCGCCCCGAGGAACAGCUCUUCCCCCUGAGCCCGCGUUUCCGGACAUACCUCACCAGCCGGCGGUACACCGAGCUCCGGGAUGCCUUUGCUCGCCAGGCCCGGGCCUUCCGCUGGCCCGGGGCCCGGUCCCCCCCUCCGGCCCCGGCCAGUCUUUCGCGCACGGUCCUUGGAUGGUUCACCGGUGAGCAUGCGCUCGAGCCGGCGCCGGGUCUGUUUUACAUUGACUGGGAUGCCUCGCUGGCCGAUACCGCCCAGCUGGAGGCCGCCCUGAGCGUGGUGGAUGCCACUCGCCUGUAUCAGGCUCGCUUGGAGCAGCUCCUCCUGGACCGGCCAUGUCGAGUGGUUGCCCCGGCCGGGGCGGCUGGCACUUCGGCCCCCAUCACCGGCGUCGGGAUCGACUCGCCGGCCGCCUCGCCGCCCUGUCCCAAUAUCGACGCCUCGUCGGCCAGCGCCCACCCCAGCCCGAGCCCCAGCGGCAAUGUCGCCACCGGCACCGAGGCAGCAAAUGCCGCGGCCACGGGGCCCUCUGCCUCGAUCGGCGGCGGCGGCGGCGGCGGCGGCGGCGGCGGCGGCGCUCGAACCGAGUGCGGCACCGCCAGCCGAGCCAGCGCCAGCACGAGUGCCUCUCCCUCUUCAGAUUCCCCUCUUUCCGUCGUGGCGGCCGCCAAUGGUGGUGGUCCGGGGGGGACACAGCACAGCACGUAUCCCCGGAUGGGGCUUCUCUCGAAUUUCCACUACCCGAGCGCCUCGUAGACAAAGUGUCCUUCUCCUCCUUCUCCUCCUCUUUCGUGCAUUUGUACGUGUGCACGCGCGUAUAGACGUACAUCAUACCUA